AAUUCGGUAUUGGCAGCUAUCGAUACAUCUGAUGCACACAGGGCACAAAAUCGAACAUGAAUAUAUAAUGCCUGGCAGAUUAAAGAGGGGAAACGUCGUGACCGCAUACAGCCAGAUGCAGAUAAAUAACUCAAUCAGUGGCCGCGACCAUGGGUUGAUUCUCCAAUUCUACCACUCUCGAGUUCGGGAUGUGGGGAGAUUCGAUGAUAUGCCUCUUUAGUUCCUCUUUCGUUUUGAAGACCAGUGGACAGGGGACUUCUCCGCCAUGGCCGUCUCGAUAUUUACACGAAAAAACCCAGUCCCCAGUGUCAUCGUUGUUGUCGUCGACGACACCAUCAGCAUCCAGCGAUCCAUCUGUUGUAUCCUCAUCAGGGUCCUUCGGAAAGCGGGUCGUGUCGGUGUGCGCUCCCGGAUCCAGGUCGGCCAUGGCUCCCGCCAGUUCCUGGAGCAGGGGCCCGACGGCGUUCUCCGCGAAUGCUCUUAGCAUGUCCUGUAGCUUUCCGAUCCACUCGGCUUGCCUCUUCAACGUCGCGUUGGACCUGUCGAGUUUAUCGACCAUGUGCUGCGACUCAUUGGCGACCGUCGCCCGUGCUGCCCUCGCUGCGCUCAACUUCUCCUCCAAAACCCCGAGUUUCUUCUUCAGCUCGCCCCACUCCGCCGCUCGCUGCCUGAGGUCGUCUGCGUUCGUCCGCCUCUCGCGUUCUUCCGCAAUUUCGGCCCGUACCUUCCACCGCUCGCGAUCCUCGCCAAGUCUUGCUAGCCGAUCCUCGUACAGCCCCUUCACCAUCGCGACCCCCUCCUCCGCGCGCCCCUCUGCGACCUCUGCCCGCUGCAGAAGGUCCUUAUUCUCCGCUCGGACCUCGUCCGCAAAUCCGGAUGCGCGAAGGUACAAGUCGCGAAACACUUCCGAGGAACGCUCGGCGUCUUCUUUCUGACGCUUCAGUGUCUCAAGCCGCGUGUCCAGCCCUGCCCGCUGGACCACCGCGUCGUCUCGCUCGAGCGUGAGCCGGUUGAUCUCCUCGUGAAGGGUGUUUCGUUCAGCGUCCCGGUCAGACGCGUCGUGCAUACGUGCGUCCCGGUCCGCGGCUAACUCGGCCUUCAACUUGGCUACCUCCUCUUCCAGAGACAUUUUGGCAGCCGCCUGCCCCGUUUCUGCAUUUAGCAGACUCUGUCGGAGCGUAUCGCGCUCCUGUACUAGGGACGCGCGCUCGGUUUCCCACUCUUUCAGUUCAGCGGUGAUUUCGGCCUCCCGUGCUACGGCCAACUCGUCCCGCGCGAUCUGUUGGGCAUUGAGCGUUUCGAGGGACGUCUUAAGGUUACGGUUUUCCGCUCUGAGCCGCGUGAGCUCUUUCUGAAGACGAUCAAGUUCUUGAGAAGUAGAACCCAUCUGUGUUUGCGUAAUCUGAGGCGGAAUUGAGGACGGGAGUGCGUCCGCAGAGCCGUCAAACGUGUGGACCUGUUCCUCGUCAUCGGACUGCUGAUCGCGCUGGUGGUCCGACGACUGCGCCAACCCGGUCACGUCGACACCUUCACUGGCAGCUCCACGCACUCGGCUCUCAUCCAAGACCGACGCAGCGACGUCUUCCUCGUCAUUCCCCCCGUCAAAGUCGACGAACUGCUCCAUCUCCUCCGCCAGCUCGUCCUCCUCUUCGCCUUCCUUCUCAGUCCUUACAUCCGAUUUUUGCUCCUCCAGCCUAGCCCACGUCAGCGCGGAGUCCGAGCUCGGCACAAUCCCAAUCUCCUCUAUGGUCCGCCUCCGUGCCUUCUCCCUUUCUGACUUCGCUUGCUUCCGCGCCUCCGACAGUCUCUUCCCCCGCUCUCUCAGCCUUGCGUCGUUCUCGUCCGUCACUUGACUGAACGGAUGCGGCGCGCGCCCGAGUCGACUGAAAGAUUCAAGGGUCGACGACGCAGGCUUCUCUGGAGAGCUGAACUGUUCGAUCGAGCUCAUGGGCGCGUCAGCUUCGUCUUCACUAUCCCGGUCCCUAGGUUUACGCCUCCGCGGCUUGCCAUCCGGCAACGCGCUGGAGCUCUGAAGGACAUACGGCCGCAUGUCGUCAGCAUCCAUCCGCGGUAUCGGUCCCCACCCCGCAGACUGGUCCUCCUUCGCCUUCCCCGAGCUUUCCCUCCGAUCCUUCAUUUUCUUCACCAAGCUCGUGGUUCGUUGCAAGCCGCUUGUCCGGCUGCUGGUCGAACCAUGCAUCAUGGGGUCCGGCUGAGGCGGAGGCGUGAUGUAGGACAGUCCGGACGAGUUGGUUUGCUGAGUCGUUUCCGCUGAUUCUACCGCGACUACAGCCGGGGCCGCGGCGGCUGGGUCCGGCGAGCGGCUUGCGGAAAAGAGACGUCUCGGCGGUUCGUCUCCCUGAUCGUGCUGCACGCGUUCCGCAGCAGCGAACCCAAGACCAAGGAGGUCCUGCGUGUUCUCCUCCUCUUCUUCGGCGAGCGGGUGCGUCGCGCGCGG